AUGGAUCCCACCGAAGACCUGACUGGAGAAAAGUGCGAGUUCAAAGUCUAUCGCCACACCCCGAAGAAAGACGGAACUGUAUCCAUUGAGACAAUCUCGAAUCCCUUUUCUCGGCUUGCUCUCGGAGACAAGGACAGUCCUUAUGCAUUAGUCGUGAAUCGCUUCCUAGGCGAAAAGAACCAACUCAAAGAAACUACCCUGCAAAUCAAUUCUAAGCGACUGACGAAUGUCUUCCGAGAAGUAAUCGGCUUCUACCCAACCGUUCCGGCAGAUUUCACCUCUCCCUUUGAACUCCAGGCACCAUUUCAGAUCCUUCUGCAUUAUUGGGAAGAAUUGGAUGAACGCCGACAAACGACCAAGGAUGCUGACGAGCGCAUGCAUCUCAAUCUGCUGUUCGACUUCAUGAAUCAUGAAAUUGGACCCGAGCGAGAGCGCCUUGUGGGUAUGGUACGGAACAAGCAAAUUACAUUCUGGAACGCUUGGUGCAUCUUCCGUCCGGGAGACUUAGUUUACACCAAGUUCAUGGGCCAUCCUUGGUUGCUGCGAUGUCAAAAGACUGCCUAUGAGGAAAGUACCUCAGACGGGCCUUAUCUGGAGGUCCACUGUCUCUAUACAGAUCACGAUGGGACUAUCACCGGCGAAGAUUCCAAAAUUUUUCGGAUAUACCAAAAACGAAGCUUUGCCGCCGAAAAUCCGGCUGUCAUUACCGAGCUCCCGUGUUUUCCUCGUAGAUUUGUCGAUGAACAGGGGGAUCUCGAAGAGCGACUGAUAGCUCGCGGUCAAAGGUUUCUCGCACUACAGGGGGUAGCUACUAUGUCUUACGAUGGACAUGCCCAGUAUCUUAAGGAACCUGACUACAGUUAUUAUCAUCCCAGAAUGGCUGACUUUGAAGGAGUUUGGAUACCUUAUACCGAGCUUGGAAGGGUCAUACUGGACCGCAAGACCUUUCAGGAGGACCAGUAUUCAAAUGCAGGCAGUGUUCAGGCCAAGACCCCCGAGCCACUAUGCUGUCCACCAUAUGAGUAUGGAUUUUCUCUAAGUCGCAAAGAAUGGUGCCGGUUUUUCAUUGACUCCAUUGAAGAUGUUAAAUGGAAAGAAAAUGCCUGGGAUUCCCUGAUCAUUGGUGAUCACGAAAAACUCGUGCUUCAGUCUUUAGUCACGUCUCACUCAUACCCGGAAGACGCACGCGACCAAAGCCUCCAGAAAGGAAAGGGCCUGGUUGUUUUACUGCAUGGAUCACCGGGGUCUGGUAAAACAUUGACCGCUGAGACCGCCGCCGAGGGAUCAAAAAGGGCGAUUAUGAUGACCUCUCUAGGAGAGCUUAAUCAAUCGGAAAAUCCUGCGGCGUUUGAAUUCCGUCUCAAACUUCUUCUGCAAUAUGCAACAACCUGGAAGGCGAUUGUCCUAAUGGACGAAGCAGAUGUUUUCCUUGAGGCUCGAGAGGACCACGGCGACACUUCAUAUCGAAACGCUCUCGUAGCUGUUUUUUUGAAGGAAUUAGAGUACUUUAGCGGCAUUGUUUUUCUGACCACUAAUCGUAUUAAGUCUUUUGACAAAGCGAUGAAGUCUCGCAUCCAUCUUGCACUUGAAUAUACUUCGCCAGGCCUUAAGACUAGAGAACUACUCUGGUUGCAAACUUUGAAAUCUAUACCAAGCGAAGAAAACUCUGUGGAUCUUGAUGAGGCCAUGGGGGCUUUCCUGCUGGUCAAGAUGAAUGGCAGAGAGAUUGCAAAUGCAGUCCAUACCGCCCGGACAAUCGCACGCUUUCAGAAGAAGCCGGUUCAGGUCGAGCAUAUUGAGAUGGUCCUGGGUGUCUGGAAACGAUUUGAUGAGAGCUUGGAAAAGAUCAGGGAGAAAUCGCAACAUCCCAUGGACAACAGAGCGCACAUGAUAAUGCGACGAACGAAUUCGAUUCUUGAAGACGACAAAGGCAAUUUUCAUUCGUGA